AUGUCAAUUAAAAUCGAGGACCUGCAAAUAGACGCGCCGUUUAUUGGCCAGUACAGGACCCUGAACGCGGUGCUGUGUAGCUACCGUCGACUCGAGCGAUCUCAGUUCAUUCUGCUCGAGGCAAUGGAUUUCACCACGUCCAUGGAUCUCGUGAAAAGAGGGCUCUAUGACGACCGACUCAGACUAAAGUCCGGCCAGGUCGCCACCAGCACCAUGAUACUCGGCGCAGAAAUGCAUCAGGAAAAGUUCGAGCGGAUCCUGGGUCAGUUGCGCCAGACGGCAGACUACCCCGACCCAGGUCUCAAUCCGUGCGAUCUGCCAUACGAGCGAAUGGUGCUGGUGCAGCUGGACGGGUAUCUCCACAGCUACAGAAACGAGAUAGAGAUGAAGAAAACGCGAUUGAAGCUGCUCACGCCCAACAUUAUCAGGCAAGAGCUGCCGUCUGACGCCAAUCUACGCGAUUUUCUCAAGCGCGUGCAACAGCACGUUCCCAAAAGUCUGCGCGAAUCAAUGGAAGAGCGGUACAAGCUGUCAGAGCUGCUGAGCGCCAAGCGAAAACUGGAGCCCGCAAACUCGCAAAAGGAGAACCCGGAGAGCAAACGGGCCGUGCAGUCUCUGAAACCGCACACGCCCGAUUUCGUCGACACCAACGAGGUGCUGGACCUCGUGACUGCCCCAAAGGCUGUGCAGGACUUCUCCAAAUGUCCGCAAGUGCGGCUGUCGCAGCUCGACUCGACAGACGCAGAUGUCGUUCUCGUGUCGGCACAGAUCAUCGGCUAUGUUCCUCCGCAGCUGCCGCUGCUGGCGCAGAAUACAAAGAACGAGCUAGUGAUUAUCGACGAUUUCAAGGUGUACAUAUCGUCGGAGGACGGCUCGGAGCAGUACGCGGUCGAUUUCGAGAACACCGACGCGAUCUUGCGGUUCUAUGGGUUUGACGAGCUCGAGGCACGCACGCAGGAGCAUAUCAAGUUCCACACGAUACAGGCCGUCAACAAGACGUACACGAUGGCUCUGCGGCGCGUCCACAUCGCCAACUCGAUUUGCAGCUACUCGGCCUGGACGUUUGCCGAGCCGCUCAAGCAGAUCAGGAGAAAAAAAAAGUAG